ACUCUUCUGAUCUGUGUCCUCCCUUUUAAAACCUAAUCCUCUGUGAAACUUUUCCAGUUAAAAACAUCUUUCUUGCAAAAUGUCUAAAGCAGUUUUAUUGGUGGUUCUCUGCUUUUUACCGGUUCUAGCCAUCGCGGCUAGACCGAACAAGAACCCGUUCGUCGUGCGAGGCCGUGUCUACUGCGACACAUGCCUCGCUGGUUUCGAAACUCCAGCCUCUACUUAUAUCCAUGGUGCGGUGGUUAGAUUGGAAUGCAAAGACAGGAGGACAAUGGAGUUAACGUAUAGCCACGAGGCGAGAACUGACUCGACAGGAUCAUACAAGAUUUUGGUUAACGAGGAUCACGACGAUCAGUUUUGUGAUGCAAUGUUGGUUCGUAGCUCUCAGUUACGGUGUUCCACUGUCUCCCCUGGCCAUGACCGUGCCCGUGUGACUCUCACUCGUUUUAACGGUAUUGCUUCAGAUGACCGUUUUGCUAACAACAUGGGAUUUCUGAGGGAUGCUGCUAUGCCGGGUUGUGCGGAUAUCAUGAAGCUAUACCAAGAAACCGAGGAUUAGUUUCGGUGUUUUGUUAAGUAUGUUGUAUCAGGGUUUACUGCGACCUGUGGUAUUAAAAUGUAACUGGAGCU